AUGGUGCGCUCUGCUGCGAAGCGAAGGGGGUUUAAGUUUUUGUUCGAGUGCCGGACUGACGGCGGAGUGUGCUUCUCUUCACAGAAUCGUUUUAAAAGAGACUACAGAGCAAGAUUCUGCCAUGGAGGAGGAAAUAAGAUUGAUCUACGGCCAGGUCAAAAUGUACUGAAACUCAUACAGGAUUGCUUUGAAAGUUGCAGCAGUGAUCUUGCAAGAAACUCUCCAAAUUGCUCAACCUUUCUUUUGGAUGAUGAGAAGAGGACGUCAAUCCAGAGACAAAGGCUAAGUUCUCACAAGGCAGGGUCAGCCAGCUCUGUGAAAGGAGCCUGUGAGUCUGCAGAACCCUCACCUGCACCACUGCUAAAACCAGUCAGCAGCAGAGGACAGUCAUGUGAAUCACACUUGAAGCCUGCAACACCUGAUUAUGUAGCUACUUCUGAAAAGACAGAGUCUCCUGUGUCUAAAAGUGAAAAAAAAGAUACUUUAAAAGAUGUUGAAGCACCGUUCCAGCAUCCAGCUGUGCCAUUGGACCCUGAGAAUGAUCGUAGGUCUGUUGGAUCACCUUUGCCUGUGGAGGAAGCGAAAAGUUCUCCUGUAGUUAAAUUUCAUUUUGAUAACUGGAGUACGCCAGCUGCAGCAAAGAGCCAUGGAGAAGUGGAAAAUUUGGAAGGAGCUCAGCCUGGGAGAGAUGAGCAGGUUGUUCCUGUGCAAGGAACAGAACGUGUUACUGCAUCAUCCGCCCAGACAGAGAAGACUUUCUCUUCAGCUGUCUUAGCAGCUGUAGCAACAAGAACACUUGUACAGAGAUAUUCAACUUCCAUAUCACCACCAUCACCUUGUCCUGUGAAAUAUCAAGAAAUAGAAGAUGAAUGUGAAUUUUUAAUUGAUGAGUCAGGUGAUGCAUCUUUUACUUCUUGGUUUUCAAUACCUACUAAGAACAAAAAAUCAAAAAAUGAUGGCUCUGCAGCUCCCAUUUCUAAACCUCAGCCCUCUGAAAAGGAAAAGACACGGAAUAAGAAAGUCAAGAACAGAAAAGAACAGGUUAAAGCACUUAGUAAACAGGAAGAGGAUCAUCUGGAUGUUGGAGCUUUUGACUUCAAAGAAACGUCAGUGUCAGAUCCAAUCUCUAAUAGUGAAGAAAGUGUCCUUAAAUCUGAAAGUCGAAAGAGUACUUGUGUGGGAAAGACUAAAAAGGAUGCACUUAGACAAGACUCUCCAAACCAGAAAAAGAACACAUCAUGGAAACCAGAAGCUGAAGAACUGAUGUUGUCAUGGGCUGGAUUGGAAGCGGAACCACCUGAUGAGGAGCAGUGUGAAACAAGGAUGCCAAGUGAGGAUUUGCCUAUGCCCUCAUCUGGGCAUCAGAAAGAGCAGACUGUGUCACUGAAGAAGUCUCUCAGGUCUUCCAAGAAUCUGUGGUUGGCUUCUAAAGCUUCUAAACAUUUAGUUAAGAAGAAACAAACUGCUAAUCAGAAACUUCCAAAAGUCAAAGUAGCUAAGAGAAGGACAGUAACUCCGAGGAAAAAGCUUAAAAUAUCUGUCCAGAAAAGUAGCAAUAACAAACCUCAGUUACAAAAAGAGGAGAGUUCUGACAGUGAAUCUGGUGAAGAAGAGCUUGAAAGGGAGCCUUUGGAACGGAAUGAAGUGUGUACCACAUCUUUGCAUGAGAAGGAGACUCCUGUGAUUCAGAAGUUGUCUAAGGCUGAAAAGCCUAGAAAUAUGUUACACACACCAGAGUCACCUGGUGGUGCCAAGAACAGAACUCCUCUAAAAGCGCUCCAGCAUCCUGUGGAGAGUGUGAAGAAUCAUGGAAAGAAAUGGUCUGCCAAAUCUUUAGGGAAGAUAACCACAAAGACUCCACACAGAACGAAUAAAGCUCUUCGCUCAAGCCCUGAAAGCCCUGAGUCUCAAACAGAUUCUGACAGCUCUUCCGUACAGGACAUGGCAAGGAAAAAAGAGAUGUUACCAGAUGUGAAAAUAAAAAGUAACAAAAGAAAACAUAACAGGGAUUCCUUUGAGAAGGUUGAGAGUUGCCCAAGUGGGCCUGUUCUAGAAGAUAGACUUACUUCCAGCACUAAAUCUCCUGAGCUGGUCGGUGUAUCUUCAGAUAAUUCUGAAGACUUGAAUUGCAAAUUAAGACACCUGAUGUCAGAUGAAAUAGCAAAGCAUAAAAUAGUUAUGCCUUCCAACACACCUAAUGUUCGUCGGACAAAAAGGAUACGGAUGAAACCUCUGGAAUACUGGAGAGGCGAGCGCAUAAACUAUUCUGUGGAGCCUUCAGGAGGGCUUGUGAUGAGUGGACUAGUGCAUCCAGAAACAGAAUCUCCUAGGAAGAGUAAAAGGAGGAAGGAUUGUCCGAAGCAGAAAACAGAUAAAACAAAUAGAGAAGAGAUACCUGUAAAUUUGGACCACAGCCUAGGUGAUGCAUCUAAGCCAGCCAUUGUACUGGACCCAGUAACAAAUAAUGAAGUGCAUCUAGAUUGUAUAAACACUGGAGACAGUCGCACUUACUUCUUCAAAGAUGAAGCAGUAGAAAUACAAAAAAGUUUGAAUACAUCUCUUUUUGCAACUGGUAGAUUGAUUCUGAAGCCAUAUAAAGAAAAGGGGCACCAAUUUGUCGACAUGGAUACAAUAGCUUUCCAUAUUAUCCAUGGCAAAGUUAUAGUGACAUUACAUAACACAUCGUAUUACCUGACUGCAGGGGACUGCUUCUAUGUUCCAGCAGGAAAUGGAUAUAAUAUACGUAAUCUUCUGAAUGAAGAAAGUGUUCUUCUCUUCACACAACUCAAAGACAGGAAUGAAGAAUCCAUAGGAGUGUUCAGCAGGAAACAGUCCUUGUGCACUCAAAUAACAAUGCAAGGCUGCAAGAGCUGGAGGAGUUCUGGCACAGCUCUUGGGAUUGCUCAUGAUUACAUGGCUGUCCAUCAUGGAGACUGAGUGAUCCCUGCUUGAUGGACAUGCUGCAUCAAAGGAGAGCUUCCUUCUCUUCCCUGCCUGAGUAAGAAGCUGAAUUUCUCUCACCUUCCCAGCACCACCCUGAAAACAGCUAAAAGAGUAACUUUCAGGGACCAGCAACUGCUCAAGGAGUUAGUUCCAGCACCAAUGUGUUUGUACCAACCAGCAAGCUCUACAGCCUAAGUGAGGCCCCAAGUCUGUUUCUGUGUGUCCAGGGCUGUGCAGCAGUCAGGCUCAGUGGAACUUCUCUGUGGAAGCAGACUACAUUAACACUACCUUCUCAGCCUCACAUAUGUGGACUAGGACUCUUAGAUUUAUUUUCAGUGAAGCUUAGGAGAGACACAGAAAGGUGUUUCAAGGUUAAUAUAUUUGUUGCACAUUUCAGGGAGUGAGGGAAGAAAUUAAUUCCCACAAGACUAAUUCCGCGUGAAGGGGAGCGCUAAUUUUGGAAAUGCCAUACCUCUGCUCUGUGGGUGUAGCUAAUACUUGUGGGUUCUUCAGAAAGCUACAUACUGUGCUUCAGCAGAGAACUGACAUUGAACCCAUAUCUUCCCCUUCCCUCUUGAAAAUUUAGUACCUUCAAAUGCAGCUUUCAUUGUUCCUGUGAACACAAUUAUCAGUAUUAUACUGCUCAUUUCCUGUUGUGUUUUGGGAAUAUUUAGAAUAGCUGGAAUGAAUGUGUGUCAGACAAGGCUACAUGUGCCUUUUCUGCUUCUAUAUAUGCCUUUUCAAGGUAAAUUGACACCUUUUUUUUCCAGACGGAAAGAUCUCUUAAGGAAUCCACCUCUAUUUAUUUGGUCAACAGGUAGCAUUUAGUUGUUAUUUGAAGCACACUUAAAACAUGGCUUGCUCUGCCAAUGUAUUCUCUUCGCAUGUCAUGUGGUGGACUAGGCCAUAGGCAGUUGCUUAAAAUAGAGGAUUUGUUGCUUUUUAAAAUCAAGGUAGUCUGCUGUUGACCCACUGUAGUUCAUACACACUUUUGUGAAUGCUUUGUUUCAACUAUUUUUUUCAGAGUUCUCUGUCUUAAGUAAAUUCUGCUUCUUCUUUUUUUCCUGAAAUAAACUGCUAAAGCAUAUUUAAAAUAA